AAAAAAUAACGCUUAAACUCUUCCUAAUGUAGCCAUUGAUACGCGGCCAUUUGCGUAGACAACACGUUUACAAUUUAAAAAAAGAAUUCUCUUUUCUGACAGUUAGAAAUUAAAAAAAGAAUUCCUAAAAUGAAUCUCCGUUGCCACGUAUUUUUAUGCCAGUUGCUGUGGUUGGUGGCCGUUUUGAAAGGAAAGACGCUUCAAGGUGUACCGGGAUAUGGACGAAAUUUGCUAAUCAAAACCGUUCCUGGGAUAGAAGAUUACCAGAGCAACCUCUACGAAGUCUUCAUGGAGCCCUAUUUGUAUGAAUUGGGACAGACCUCCUACCCGUUGAUUGGUAACCGAGCUGAAAAGCAAAUCGAGGUCCCUGUAGGACCAAGAAGAGUUCCAGGCUUACAAGCUGUUGUUUAUCUGAUACCAGAUGAAGAAUCAGGUGUAAGCGGUGAGCUAAUCUUCACGCAAAUCAUUCCCAACGGUCCAGUGACUAUUGAAGGUAAUGUGACUGGCCUGGCUCCUGGUCUCCAUGGAUUCCAUAUACAUCAAACAGGAGCUAUUAAAGAUAGCUGCAAGGACAUUGGGCCACACUUUAUUGCGUAUUAUGGCCGUCACGGAGGACCACGGGACGCCGUUCGUCACGUCGGAGACCUCGGAAACAUCAAGGCUGAAGAAGGCGCCACUCUCAAUGUAAAAAUUAUCGACCAUUUGAUUCAACUGACCGGCCCUCGCUCGAUAGUUGGCAGGUCAUUGGCUAUAUCCAAAAGCGAAGAUGAUUAUGGGCGGUCUAGUACCGAAGACAGUGCUCUGACAGGUACUUCGGGCCCGGCAGUGGCCUGUGGAAUCAUAGGCUACUUGCACUGAGUUAAUGCACUAAAUAUUUUGUAGUGUCAAAAUUAUGGUUGUGUAAAACUGUUUCUUUAGGGAUUAAAGAUUUUAAAGUUC